AUGAGUUUCAAUUUUAAAAAGUAGCCAUGUACAACACGAAAGGAUUCACACUGGAGAAAAACCAUUCAAAUGCCAGUAUUGUGAAAUGAGUUUCAAUUUAAAAAGUAGCCAUGUACGACACGAAAGAAUUCACACUGGAGAAAAACCAUUCAAGUGCCAGUAUUGUGAUAAGAGUUUUGGUGAUAGCAGUGCAUGUAGAGAGCAUGAAUGGGUUCAUGCUCUAGAAAAACCAUUCAAAUGCCAUUAUUGUGACAAGAGUUUUGGUGUGAAAAGUAAAUAUACACUGCAUGAAAGGAUACACACUGGAGAAAAACCAUUCAAAUGUCAGUAUUGUGGAAAGAGUUUUAGUGUGCGUGGUAAAUGUGCACUGCAUGAAAGAAUUCACACUGGAGAAAGACAAUUUAAAUGCCAGUACUGUGAACAGAGUUUUAAUCAGAAGGGCCAGUGUAUACAACACGAAAGGAUCCACACUGGAGAAAAACCAUUCAGUUGCAAUUUUUGCGAAAAGAGUUUUAAUCAGAAAAUUCACUGUAUACAACAUGAAAGGAUCCACACUGGAGAAAAACCAUUCAGAUGCAAUUAUUGUGGAAAGAGUUUUAAUCAGAAGAUUGCGUGUAUAAAACAUGAAAGGAUCCACAGUUGAGAAAAACCAUUCAGAUGCAAUUUUUGCAAAAAAAAGUUUUAAUCAGAAGAUUAACUGUAUACAACAUGAAAGGAUUCACACUGGAGAAAAAUUGUUCAGGUGCAAUUUUUGCAGAAAGACUUUUAAUCAGAAGAUACAGUGUAUAAAACAUGAAAGGAUCCACAGUGGAGAAAAUAUUCAAACUGAAGAUUCAUCCCUUGGGACAAAUAAACAAAGGGGUGUCUAUACUGCUGAAGCUAUAGCCAAAGAGGAGUGUGAUGAUAAGAUUGCUCCAGAAGUGAAAAGAGAUAUAUCCUGUUGCAAUGUUUAGAAAUAUUUUUGCAGAUGCUGCUGUAUAAUGUUUAUUAAUACAUAAAAUCAUGUGCUCUUUUAUGUAAGUUUGUGUCUUCAAACAUAAGAGAAAACAAACUUUAUAUGGUGUAUUCCCACAGGUCCUAUGCUUGUAUAUUAUUUAUACUUGCAAUAAAAGUUUUGGAGUGGUUUGCUCGUUACUUGUAAUGUGAAAAACAGCAUUGUGUCAAUUUGCAAUAACUGUUGUAUUACAAUUUGCAAGUCCUUGCUCUUUUGGACAGUUUCAUUUGUUA